AUGGCUAUACUCCUAGAAGUAUUUAAUUAUAUACUAGUAAGAAAGGGCGAGGACGCUAACGCUAAGGAUAACGACGACGAUAACGACAAACGUACGUCUACGCUUGCCAAGGGUAAGGGCAAGGGUAAGGCAAAGGUGGCUACGUCUACUAAGAAGUCUAAGAAGGCUAAGAAGGCUAAAAAGGAGAAGAGCGAAGAGGAGGACAAGGAUAAGGACGAGAGCGAGGAGGAGACUACUCCGGGCUUUGACCUAGAGACGCUAACGCGUAGUAUAGUGGCGACGGUACUGGCCGCUAUAACUCCUAAAAAGAAGAAGGGUAGCAAAUAG